CGGGCGACAUCAGCUCCCAGCUGCCAAACCGGCGUCAGGUGGACACAGCAGGACCCUCAGAAUGAGCCAGGCAGCGAUGUCGCAGUGCACGGAGCUGGAAUGGGCCGUCCAGGUGCUGGUGAACAACUUUGACAAGUACUCGAGCCGCUGCUGCUGCUGCAAGAAGCCGCGGCGCAUCAGCAAGAAGGAUUUCCGCAAGAUGCUGAGCCGGGAGCUCAACCACAUGCUGACGGACACCGGGAACCGCCGCGCAGCCGACAAGCUCAUCUGCGACCUGGACGAGAACAAGGACGGGCGCAUCAGCUUCGACGAGUACUGGACCUUGAUAGGCGGCAUCGCCAGCCCCAUCGCCCAGAUCAUCCGCCAGCAGGAGCAGAGCAUCAAAUUCACCAAGUAGCCGCUGCACAGGACCCUCCUGGACCCCCCUGCUUCUCCACGACCCCCCCCCCGCUUUGUGCCCUCCCCGAGCCCCAGCUCGCCCCGGGCCACCUCGGCUCCCCAGGGCUCUGCCGACCGAGCCGUGCCGGGCUGUGACGGAGGCGGGACGACCCUGUGGGUGGGAUUUGGGGACGCGAGGCUCCUCCUCGCCGUGCCUGCCCUGCCCUCCUCCCCUUCACGAGACCUGUUGGGCGAGAAGCAAAGGGAGAGGUUUACCCUCAUGUGGGACCUGAGUUCUGCCUGUUCUCAGAGCUCCGCUGACAGAACCCCCGUCACAGCCGGGACCCCCCUCUCCCCUUGCAGCUCCCCCUCAGAGCGGGGGGUCUUCCUGGGCAAAGGGGGCCUUUCCCCGUGCCCGGGCU